AUGUCAAAAAGACAACGUUACUCAUAUACUGCUCAAGAAAAAUUAACAAUAAUUCAAAGAAGAACUGCAUCAGCACAGGAAAAAAACAAACGCGUUGGAGCAGGAAAAAAACCUUUAUAUCCUGAAGCUAAAGAAAAAUUAAAGAAAUGGAUUAUUGAACUUUGA